AUGUCAGAGAAUCUCGCGCUGUGGCAGAACACCUACAAUACCGACAGGAACGGAAACCCUAUCAAGGCCGAGUUUAUGGGACAAUUCGGGGUCACACCCGUUCGCCUGGUAUUUUGCAAAGAGGCACCCUCCACCGAGGACGUGGACCUCGCUCCGGACGGGGCAAUUCCGAUCUUCUUUACCAGACAGACACUCGACUGGGACGGGCCUCCGGAAGUCGACAACAAGCGUGUCAUCGUGUUUGGCACCCGCGAGUAUCGAGAAUGCGGCUCGCGCAGAAGCCAGCCCUGGAGCGACGAGAUGAAGCCGCAGCGGGAGCAAUUGUUCCUCCCCAUUGAGCUCGCGGUGCUCCACGACCCGACCAUCUACCUCCACGCGGCGGCUACAUUGUUCACAGGCGUGACGGAGGAUCAACUGGAGGCGAUCAAAAGGGACAUGAAGAAGCCGCCGCCGCCGCCGCCGUCGCCGCCCCGGUUCAUUCUUUCUGUCUCGGAACCGCAGGAAGAGCUUGCCGAGACACUCGCUCCGCCCAACACACCGGCUCCGGAAGACCUGGGUCUGGAGUCUUUGUCUCUGGGAGGAGGAGAAGACCGUGCUGCGACUCUGCCUACGAAGGUCAUGAUGAAUAUGCGGGUUCGAAGGCCACGGUCUCGAGGAGGUCCUCAGCAACAACGAAAGCUACUUCAAAAUCGGCGAAAAUGCAUCACGCACGACAGGCAACGACCCAGGGCAGCGAGCUUGGUUCGAGGCCAUCGGAGGAAGGACAGUGUCGAACGUUUACGGUCAAGGCCUAGGUUGGAUACAUGGAGGAGUCUCGUUCUUGGUAAUAUGCUCGAUUGGGACAACAUCGCGGCUCGAUGUUAA